AUGCAGCAGGUGCAGACUAUCGUGCAGCAGGCGCAGUCUAUCAUGCAGCAGGUGCAGACUAUCACGCAGCAGGCGCAGACUAUCGUGCAGCAGGCGCAGACUAUCAUGCAGCUGCAAGCCGCGGAGCAGCAGCAGGAGGCCUCACCGUCAUGGUGCCUGCUGCGCAACUUGCAGCACGUCGAUAUCCCGUUGCAGCUGCAGGAUAGUCUGCACCUGCUGCUGCUCCGCAGCUUGCAGCUGCACGAUAGUCUGCACCUGCUGCGCGAUAGUCUGCGCCUGCUGCACGAUAGUCUGCGUCUGGCUGUUCACUCACCCCUGCGCCUCUUGUAG